AUGGCGCCAGGGGGAUGUCGUCUGAGCGGGGCCCUCUCCUUCCUCCUGUUGGCGGCCUGGCUGGCGUUGGCAUCGGCCGAAAGCUACCAGAAGUUCCUGAGGGAGCACUUCGACCACCCGCCCACCGAGGUCCCUGACCGUGGGCGCUACUGCGACCUCCUGAUGAAGCGCCGCCACAUGACCUCCCCGCACCACUGCAAGCACCUCAACACCUUCGUCCACGCCGACACCUCCCGGAUCAUCGCUGUCUGCGGGGAGGGAGGCCAACCCACCAAGGGUGACCUCCGGGAGAGCGCCGAGAGCUUCCCCCUGACGCUGUGUGAGCUCGAGAAGGGCUCCUGGGCCCCGGAUUGCAGAUACCGGGUCAGCGACAGCGUGGAAAGGAUCAUCAUCGCUUGCGAAGACGGGUUCCCCGUGCACCUGGAGACGGAAGUCCCGAAUUAG